UGCUCAGGAUCCAUUUUAUUUCUUUAUUUUUCUGCUUUUCUGAUGGAUCAGAAGAACGGAAAAAUGACAGUGAUGUGAACCCAGCCUAACUUGGUGGAAGGAUCUGGUAGUUAAAAUGCAGGAAGGCGCUCGCAGAAAGACUCUUCACAGCGCACUUCUUGCAAUGCACAAUGAGUGAAGUGUUACUGGAAUGAUCUGUCGUGUGCUCCGUGUGCAGGUGGUUAUGGAGUUUACACCAACAAAAAUCCCUGUGCCCGAAUACUCCGAAGUAGACAAAGACCGAUUUCUCCAAGAAAUUUAUAGUGUGAGAAAGCCGGCUGUGCUUAAAAACUUGGAUUUGGGAAUCUGUAAAACACAAUGGACUGUGGAUUAUAUGAGCAGGAAGGGUGGAGGGCGAGAGGUGAAGAUCCAUGUGUCUGAGGUGCCCCAGAUGGAUUUCCUCCAGAAGAAUUUCACUUACAGGUCUCUGCCAUUUGAUGUAUUUGUACAUAGAGCAGCUGAAGACAGACACAAGGAGUUCUUUAUCUCGGAGGAUGAAAAAUAUUAUCUCCGAUCCUUGGGUAAAGACCCUCGCAAGGAUAUUGCAGACCUCCGUAAACAAUUUCCAGAGUUGGCAGAAGACAUUCGGAUUCCAGAAUUCUUUGAGGAAGACCAGUUCUUUUCCAGUGUGUUUCGUAUCAGCUCGCCUGGGCUACAGCUCUGGACACACUAUGAUGUCAUGGAUAACUUGCUGAUUCAGGUCACAGGAAAAAAAAGAGUGGUCUUAUACAGUCCGCGGGAUUCUCCAUAUUUAUAUUUAUCAGGUGACAAAUCUGAAGUGUUAAAUGUAGAUAAUCCAGACCUGGUCAAAUAUCCUCUUUUUGCACAAGCUAGACCAUAUGAAUGUACCUUACAGGCUGGAGAUGUGCUGUUUAUCCCAGCCCUUUGGUUUCACAAUACAGUUGCUGAGGAGUUUGGAGUGGGGGUAAAUGUCUUUUGGAAGAAUCUACCCUCUGAAUGCUAUGAUAAAACAGAUACGUAUGGAAACAAGGACCCCACAGCAGCCUCAAGAGCAGUGCAGAUUUUGGACCGGGCACUAAAAACACUUGAGGAAUUGCCUGAGGAAUAUAAAGAUUUUUAUGCUAGGAAAAUGGUAUUGAGGAUACAGAAUAAAGCCUACAGUACAAACUUUGAAUAAAUGUUG